CACGACAAACGCUAUCCAGCCCUGGCCGGCGAGCUCCCCUUCCUGAGGACGAGGCUGAGGGCCAGCGAGAGCGCCUUGGAGCAGCUCAAAAGGAAGAGCUCAGUUCUAGCGUCUCGACUUUGCCUGGUGGAAAAUGUGAGGAAGAGGAGCUCAGUGGAGGACGCUGAAGUGCAAGGCCAUCACAACUCCAGCCGGGGUCACACGACGGCUUUGGUCGCAGACAGGGAUGGUCAACGGCGGGAGGCGGAGUCCCGCGUGGACACAGAUUCAUCGCGUAUAUCCCAAAACAUGAGCGCCCUCCAUACUCGACUACUGCACCUGGAGGGCAAAGUGAUGUCAAGUGAACAACACCUACAGGACAUCAAAGCUGCUGUGGUGAACGCGCCGAAUGACACGCAGACGCAAAGUGAAAGGUUGAAGGCGCGACUUAGUGUGCUGGAAAACCUUGUGGAGGAUCUGUGGACCGACAAGUCAGCGUCGGAGGUCCGACUCAACGUUAGUGAGGGACUUCUGGAAGAACUCAAGACGGAAUGCGCAGCUCGGGCGACGCGACUCGACGACGCCGAGUCACGACUGGCCGGCAGCAUCCGCAACGCCGCAGCCUUGGAACUCCGGCUGAACGUCAGCGAAAAACUUCUGCUUGCGCUCAAGACCGAAUGUACUCAAGAGCUGCUGCGGAAGUUAAACGCGAGCGAGCCGAAGAUGAGCGACUUGAAGGUGACGACUGAAGGUGAGACCAAGGUGGCCUUCGCCGCUGCGCUCACAGACUCGGGAUCCGUGGGACCCUUCGACCGGGAGACCACUCUGAUCUUCUCCAAGGUUUUCACCAACGUCGGCCGAGCUUAUGACGAGAACUCGGGUGUGUUCACGGCCCCCGUGGGCGGAGUUUACGUGUUCAGCUUCACGGCGGCCGACUUCCUGAAAGGCUACAUGGGCGUCACCCUGUACCGCAACCAGCAGCCGAUCGUCUCCAGCCUUGACCUCAACGACCAUGGCGGCUACGCGUCGGCCACCAACGGCGCGCUUAUCCCACUAGAGGCGGGAGACCGCGUGCGCCUCAGUCUGCCCGCCAGCUACAGACUAUACGACGACACGCGGAGCUUUAGCGUCUUUAGCGGAUUCCUGCUUUUCCCCCUGAAGGCCGACCAAUAAACUAUCUUCUUCUGCUCGGAAACAACUUGAUGUGCUAAGGCCCAUGCUAACAUAAGUGAUAACGUCUGGAAACAACAACGUGACAAGCUAACAUACUCUGCUAAUAUGCUAGCUAGCAUCCAUGUGAACAUGUUAGCUAGGAUCUGCGUUUAAUGUCAAAGACAGUCUUCCCCUCUGGAACAAUGUGACACAAUGCUAGCGUGGUGACAUCCAUGCGAACAAUAGAAAACCUGUUUGAAA